GCCCCGCGACGGAGACGCGCCCGCUGCGUCAUCAGUGUUUAAAAGGCGAGUCCCGACGCUGCGGCUGUCAGUUCCAUUUUGUCGUCGUUGCUCGUCUUGGUCAGUUGGGUGAUUCCCGUGCUAGCGUUACAAGCUUUGUCUCCUUCGGCUUGGAGUCUCCGUCCAGGACGAUGAGACACUCAAAGAGAACUUACUGUCCUGAUUGGGAUGACAAGGAUUGGGAUUAUGGAAAAUGGAGGAGCAGCAGCAGUCAUAAAAGAAGGAAGAGAUCACAUAGCAGUGCCCGGGAGAACAAGCGCUGCAAAUACAAUCACUCGAAAAUGUGUGAUAGCCAUUAUUUGGAAAGCAGGUCUAUAAAUGAGAAAGAUUAUCAUAGUCGACGCUACAUUGAUGAAUACAGAAAUGACUACAAUCAAGGAUGUGAACCUGGGUAUCGCCAUAGAGACCAUGAAAGCCGAUAUCAGAACCAUAGUAGCAAGUCUUCUGGUAGAAGUGGAAGAAGUAGUUAUAAAAGCAAACACAGGAUUCACCACAGUACUUCACAUCGUCGUUCACAUGGGAAGAGUCACCGAAGGAAAAGAACCAGGAGUGUAGAGGAUGAUGAGGAGGGUCACCUGAUCUGUCAGAGUGGAGACGUACUAAGUGCAAGAUAUGAAAUUGUUGAUACUUUAGGUGAAGGAGCUUUUGGAAAAGUUGUGGAGUGCAUCGAUCAUAAAGCGGGAGGUAGACAUGUAGCAGUAAAAAUAGUUAAAAAUGUGGAUAGAUAUUGUGAAGCUGCUCGCUCAGAAAUACAAGUUCUGGAACACCUGAAUACAACAGAUCCCAGCAGUACAUUCCGCUGUGUCCAGAUGUUGGAAUGGUUUGAGCAUCAUGGUCACAUUUGCAUUGUUUUUGAACUACUGGGACUUAGUACUUAUGACUUCAUCAAAGAAAAUGGUUUUCUACCAUUUCGACUGGAUCAUAUCAGAAAGAUGGCAUAUCAGAUAUGCAAGUCUGUGAAUUUUUUGCACAGUAAUAAGUUGACUCACACAGACUUAAAGCCAGAAAACAUCUUAUUUGUGCAGUCUGACUACACAGAGGCAUAUAAUCCCAAAAUAAAACGUGAUGAACGUACCUUAAUAAAUCCAGAUAUUAAAGUCGUAGACUUUGGAAGUGCAACAUAUGAUGAUGAACAUCACAGUACAUUGGUAUCUACAAGACAUUAUAGAGCACCUGAAGUUAUUUUAGCUCUAGGGUGGUCCCAACCUUGUGAUGUCUGGAGUAUAGGAUGCAUUCUUAUUGAAUACUAUCUUGGGUUUACCGUAUUUCCAACACAUGAUAGUAAGGAGCACUUAGCAAUGAUGGAAAGGAUUCUUGGACCUCUACCAAAACAUAUGAUACAGAAAACCAGGAAACGUAAAUAUUUUCACCAUGAUCAGUUAGACUGGGAUGAACACAGUUCUGCUGGCAGAUACGUUUCAAGGCGCUGUAAACCUUUGAAGGAAUUUAUGCUUUCUCAGGACAUUGAACAUGAGCAUCUCUUUGACCUCAUUCAGAAAAUGUUGGAGUAUGAUCCAGUCAAAAGAAUCACUCUCAAAGAAGCCUUAAAGCAUCCUUUCUUUGACCUCCUGAAGAAAACUGUAUAGAUAUAUAAUUGUACAGCCCUCUUGAGAUCUUGGACUGUAUCAGUCUAAUUUUUAAAUACUAAGUUAUUUUGUACAACUUUGUAAAUUCUUAACAUUUUUAUAUUACCAUGUUUAUUUUGUUUGGGUAAUUUGAUUCAUUAUGUAGCUAAGUAAUUCAGUAAUUGUAAAGUGAUUUAUUGAGAAUAAAUUUUUUGUGCUUAGGA